GGCGCUGACCCGGAUGUUCACUCCUAGGCAACGGCGGAAGUGGAAGGGCCGCGGCCUGCCUCGGAAGGAGGGAGAGCGGACCGGAGCGGACCGGGAGGCGCCGCCGUUGCCACCGCCCAGCGCAGCCCCGCCGAGCCGCCAUGAGUGACCAGCAGCUGGAUUGUGCCUUGGAUUUGAUGAGGCGUCUGCCUCCACAGCAGAUAGAGAAGAAUCUCAGUGACCUCAUUGACUUGGUCCCAAGCCUCUGUGAAGAUCUCCUCUCUUCUGUUGAUCAGCCAUUGAAGAUUGCACGAGAUAAGGUGGUAGGAAAAGACUAUCUAUUGUGUGACUACAACAGAGAUGGAGACUCAUAUAGAUCACCGUGGAGUAACAAGUAUGAUCCUCCCCUGGAAGACGGUGCCAUGCCAUCUGCUCGCCUGCGCAAGCUGGAGGUGGAAGCCAACAAUGCCUUUGACCAGUAUAGAGACUUGUAUUUCGAAGGUGGAGUCUCCUCUGUCUACCUCUGGGAUCUGGAUCAUGGUUUUGCCGGUGUGAUCCUCAUUAAGAAAGCUGGAGAUGGAUCAAAGAAGAUUAAGGGAUGCUGGGAUUCCAUCCACGUGGUGGAGGUUCAGGAGAAAUCCAGCGGUCGUACUGCUCAUUACAAGCUGACCUCCACAGUGAUGCUGUGGCUGCAGACUAAUAAAACUGGUUCUGGUACCAUGAACCUUGGCGGGAGCCUUACCAGACAGAUGGAGAAAGAUGAGACUGUGAGCGACUCUUCUCCACACAUAGCCAAUAUUGGACGCUUGGUAGAGGACAUGGAAAACAAAAUCAGAAGUACACUGAACGAGAUUUAUUUUGGAAAAACAAAGGACAUUGUGAAUGGGCUGAGGUCUGUGCAGACUUUUGCAGACAAAUCAAAACAAGAAGCUCUUAAAAAUGACCUGGUGGAGGCUUUGAAGAGAAAGCAGCAAAGUUAAAGUACUCUUCAUGCUAACAAGACAUGCCAUGCACUCGUUAGAUUCCUUUCUUAGAAAACUCAUCCCCCUGACCUUUUCUGUUACGUCACGUCACAAUUUGCAUUCAAUACUAUUCAUGCAACGCCAUCUUCUCCCCAUGAAUAAAGCUGUACAAACUUUUUCAGUCUCUGAGGCCUACUUUGCACCACAUUUUACUAUUGAGACCUUAGGCUAUGUUUCUGUAGAAGUCCAUGUAUUUUUUUUUCCUCUUCCACCCUCCCCCCAUUUAUACGCAUACACACGGAUCAUUGUUUGUCUUUUCCUCCCCCAUCCCCCCUCCUGCCUUUUGUUACAUUGGUGUAAAAAAUGUAAAACAAAAAAAAUUUAUUAAAUACUGUGGUGUGUGAAAGAGGAAGAACUG